CGAUACUCUGCUUGAUCUACGUCUCUGAUUUGCUGUUCAGUGGGUCGGCGGAUGGGACGGUCAGGGUUUGGCAACGUGGAGGAGAUGGGAGUUUUAAUUGCCUGUCUGUACUGGAGGGGCAUCAGAAACCGGUGAAGUCGCUGGUGGCCGUGUCGGAGGGGGUAUCAAACGGCGUCGUGUCGGUGUGUAGUGGGAGUCUCGAUGGGGAGCUGAAAGCGUGGAAACUCUCAUUUUCGAAUCUCAACACUCCAUCGCCUAAUUCAAAUCUUCUCAAGUGGAGCUAACGUACAAAUUAUUUUCUUUUGUACAAUUAUUUUAUUGCUUCGAAAUCUUCCAAGUGUGAAUUUUUUGCAGAUUUGGGAAUUGAAAUUCCAUUUUAUUGAACAAUCCAACGCUGUUACAGAAACUUAUCAUUUUCAUUUUAGUGGCAGUGUAAUCUAUUGUUAACAGGUAAUUAAUUAAGAAGAACCCUGAUUAUUACACAUAUAUAAA